UUGCUGGUCGCUGCAGGGGCAACAUCCCGGCGUCCCUGGAAGCGGGGAGCCGGACACCCCGGCGUCCCUGGAAGUGGGGGGCCGGGGUGGUGCUGGGGAGGCGGCACAGAGCCAUCGUCCCAGAACUCCGGGUUGGGGACAGGGUCUCUGGGAUUGAGAUACGCCAGGCUGAAUCAUGGCUAGACGACCCAUCCUCUUAGGUGACCAACUGGUUCUGGAGGAAGAUUCUGAUGAGACCUACAUCCCCAGUGAGCAAGAAAUCCUUGACUUUGCCAGAGUGAUUGGUAUCGACCCCAUCAAGGAACCAGAACUGAUGUGGCUGGCAAGGGAGGGUAUUGAGGCUCCAUUGCCCAAGGGCUGGAAACCAUGCCAGAACAUCACAGGUGACCUUUACUAUUUCAACUUUGACACUGGGCAGUCCAUUUGGGACCAUCCAUGUGAUGAGCACUAUCGGAAGUUGGUGAUCCAGGAGCGAGAGAAGUGGUUGGCUCCCGGGGCCGUUAAGAAGAAAGACAAGAAAAAGAAAAAGGAAAAGAAAAACAAGAAAGACAAAGAGACCUCCAAAAGUCCUCUGGAAACACAGCCUGAACAGGGACUUCUGCCUUCUUCCUCCUUUCUCCGUGGCCUGUCCCCUCUCCCAGCAACUGGGCUUGCUGAUCUGGACCUAGACCAAGAGGUGCAGGCUAGAAGUGAGGCCACUUUUAAGAAAGGGAGGAGCCUGUGUAUACAGGGUGACACCCUGUGGCCUCUCAUGGGUGCCCUUCCUGGCAAGCUGCAGCCACUUUCCAAAGGCCAAGCUCCUCGGACCCACCAGAUCUUUGCUGAUGUGGAAAAAAUCUUAGGCAGGCCUCCGGUCCAAUGCAAGACAGACUUAGGAGACCCGCAGAGUCUGGAGUCCACUCAGAAAGCAACAGAGAAAUUCUACCUGGGAUUUUCAGACCCUGAAAUAGAAAAGCUGGAAUUGAGGACCAGACAGCAGAAACCUGGCACCGGGGGUGCUCAGAUCACCGAGCCACUCCAGAAUGGGCAGGAUGUGUUAGAGUGCAGGAGCCAGACUCCUGUCCAUUCUAAGCUUUCCGAAGCCUCCGAAGGCCUGCAGCUGAAAGGGGAGCAGCAUAGUCACAGCAUAGCCAUGAGCUGUACUGGCCCUGGAGGGGACAAAGGUCAGAGCCCCAUUCCCUUGCCGUCCUCUGAGGAGGAGCCCUCCCGGUCCCUGUGUCCAUCUGACCAUGUGCUGCCUGCCAGGAAAAGCAAGCUGUUUUUACUAGAGAGUAGCCCAGCAGAGGACUUGAACUGGCAGGGAGUUCCUGGGGAAGGUGGGGACCUGGGCAGGGGGAGGUGGAGGAGAGAGCCCCCGGGACUAUGGAGAGGACAGGUCUCCAGGCUUGUCAACAAGGAUACCACAGAGAACUUCAAGGAAAUGGAGCCUGCUGCUCCCAAGCUUCCAGAGGUCUCAGCUGAAGAUUCACCACAGGGCUUCUCUCUGAUGCCACUUGAUACCCUGGCAUUAGAACCAAUUCUGAAGCCCCCUUCAGGGGAUCCUGCCAGUAAAGAGAGGCACCAUCUACCUGAGUCUCCAGAGUUUCCUAAUGAAGAUAGGAAGCCUAGUGUGCCCGGGGCUGACUCGGAUAGCAGUAGUGAAGAGGGUAGCAGCCUGGCCUCGCCCCUUGGCUCACAGGUCCUAGGUGAGGUAAACAACUUCCCCUGGGACCUUCAGAGUCCCCAGGGGUGUGUUCCUAUCACGGGUCAGUCAGGCCCAGGGCCUAGAGAUGUGCAUUUCUGCCCUUUCCUGGUGCCUCAGUUGUCCCACACACAGAGCUCUGCUGAGGAGCAGUCAGAGAUUGAAGACUACUCUGAGGACCAGAGAUUCUACCAGCACAUCCUGCAGAUGGACAAGAUCUCCAGGCGGCGGAAGGGCCUGGGGCUGCCUGAGAACAUGCAGGAGAUGCCGUGCAAAGACCUCGCCGGCAUGGUCUGCUGCCUGGCCGCAGAGUCUUCCAGGAUGUCUAGUGAGGGUGAACACAAGGCCAUCAGAGCUCAGGAGAGGGACUCGGGGUUACUGGCUUGGGGGCCGGAGCUGCUGGAGCACUCUCCAGAAGUGGUUUCUGCCCCUGCCGAGCAGGAGGUUUCUCAGCAAGCACAAUGCCAGCUAAGCAGUGGCCUCAGGCAGGGGCUAGUCCAGCCCAGUUCCGACACCGGGCUUGCUGCAGAGCCAAGCAAGAUGCAGCUUCUCAACCAGGUCCUGGGUUCCCCCUUAGCCCCAGUCCAGGCCCCUCUUUGGAGCCUGGCUCCCUUACGAGGCCCUGGGGAUGCCCAACCCUCUGCUCUUCGUGGAUCUCAGAGUGUGAACCUGGGGAGCUUGGCAGAUUCUGGGCAGCAUGGGGAACCCACGCUGCCUCUACAGGGUCUCAAGACUGCUGCUCGUGCAAAGGGUUUCUUGGGUUCUGCUCACGAGGGCAAGCAUGCUCUCAGCCUCUUGACUCUAGGGGAGGAGACCAACGAGGAGGACAAGGAGGAGAGUGACAACCAGAGUGUCCGAAGCUCCAGUGAGCUUCUCAAGAACCUGCACCUGGACCUCAGCGCCCUGGGAGGUAACUUUGAGUAUGAGGAGUCUCCAAGAAGCAGCCAGCCAGUGGACAAGAAGGAUGUUUCUCUUGACUCGGAUGCCGAUCGGCCCCCCACCCCUGGCAAGCUGUUCAGCCAGGGUGCUGACCGGAGUCUGGACAGCUCUGAUGGCAGCAGGUCCCGGGGAAGAGGGGCAAGUCCCUGGAACCUACAGAAAGAAAACGAGAACAGCAAUCUCAAGGCUCCUGGGUUGGACCCUGGGGAUGAUCACCCUGCCAAGGCCUCUAAAAAGGAGCAGGCAGAGGAAGCCAUGGAGGCAGGAGAGGAGGGUUCCAGGAGGGAAACAGCCAAGGAAGUGUCCGCCCUGGAGGAGAGCAUAUCAGACGCCAGUGAGGAGUCAGAGGUCCUUGAACACUUGAAGGACCCACAGCUCUCCGAGUCCGAAGCUUCUGCCCCCAAGUCUUUCCUUGGCCUGGACUUUGGAUUCCACAGCCGGAUCUCAGAGCACCUGCUGGAUGGUGACAUGCUUUCUCUGGCCAUGGGUGGAGCCUGCUGGGAGGCCCAGGAAUUAGGCCAAGAAGAACAAGAUGGCAGCCAGUCCAGUAGAGCCGAGCCACAGAGCAAGCAUUCCCAAGUCUCUGAGAGGGAGCAACUCCAGAGUGCCCUUCACAGCCAGGCCAGUGAGGAAGGGCCUCUGCAGACCCUGGAGGGGCAGCCUGAGUGGAAGGAAGCAGAGGAGCCUGGGAAGGACUCUGUAGUCAGCCCUAGCCCACUGGCCCCCCUCCAGAGGGAGCAGGUCCUGAGCCCACCUGCUUUCCCUGAGAGGGCUGAGGAAAAGCACUCCCAGGCCGAAGAGCUGGGCCUUGGGCAGCAAGAGGCUGAGGAGCCUGAGGAGAAGGUGGCAGUCAGCCCCGCCUCACCUGUCUCUCCAGAGGUGCAAACCACAGAGCCUGCAGCUCCCCAGAAGCAGUUCUCCGAGGCUAUACUGAAGGCCAUGGAAGAGGCCGUGACCCAGGAGCUGGAGGAAGACCAGAGGCGGCUGCUGGAGUGGCAGAAAGAGAGGCUGUGGCCGGAGGAGGAGGAGGUGGUGCAGCUUCGCCAGCGGGAGGAGAAAUCCCUCAGCCUCCUGAAGGCACAGCUGCAGAAAGCUGCUGAGGAGGAAGAGGCGGAAGAGGAGACUCGGCUAAGAGAGGAAGAAAGGUGGAGGCUGGCCCGCCUCCGGGCCCAGGUGCAGUCCAGUCCCGAAGCAUUUGAGAACCAAAUUAGAGCCGAGCAAGAGGCCGCCCUGCAGAGGCUUCGAGAAGAAUCAGAGACCCUCCAGAAGGCCGAAAGAGCCAGUUUGGAACAGAAAAGCAAGAGGGUGCUGGAGCAGCUGAGGGAGCAGCUGGAGGCUGAGGAGAGGAGUGCCCAGGCCGCCUUGAAGGCGGAGAAGGAGGCUGAGAAGGAGGUGGUUCUGCAGCAGCUGAGGGAGCAGCUGGAAGGGGAGAGGAGAGAGGCAUUGGCAGGCCUAGAGAAGGAGCACAGUGCUGAGCUGGAGCGGCUCUGUUCCUCACUGGAGGCCAAGCACCGGGAGGUGGUCUCCAGCCUCCAGAAGAAGAUAGAGGCAGCUCAGCAGAAGGAGGAGGCCCAGUUACAGGAGAGCCUUGGGCGGGCCGAGCAGAGAGCUCACCAGAAGGUUCAUCAGGUGAUCGAGUACGAGCAAGAGCUCAGCAGCCUCCUCCGAGACAAGCGCCAGGAGGUGGAGAGGGAACAUGAGAGGAAGAUGGACAAGAUGAAGGAGGAACACCGGCAAGUGAUGGCUGAGGCCAGAGAGCGCUAUGAAGCUGAGGAAAGAAAGCAGCGGGCUGAGCUCCUGGGGCACCUGACAGGAGAGCUGGAACGCCUGCGAAGGGCCCAUGAGCGAGAGUUAGAGAACAUGAGGCAGGAGCAGGACCAGCAGCUUGAGGACCUGAGGCGUCGGCACCGGGAUCAGGAAAGGAAAUUACAAGAUUUAGAGGUGGAGCUUACAACCAGAACUAAAGAUAUCAAGGCCAGACUGGCUCAGCUGGAUGUCCAGGAGGAGAGUUUUCGCAGAGAGAAGCAGCUACUCCUGGACGCGCAGAGGCAGGCUGCUCUGGAGAAGGAGGAAGCCACAGCCACCCAUCAGCACCUGGAAGAAGCGAAGAAGGAGCAGGCCCACCUGGUGGAGUCGAAGCGGCAGCUACGAAGGGUCAUCGAUGACCUGCGUGUCCGGCGGGUGGAGCUGGAGUCCCAGGUGGAUCUGCUGCAGACACAAAGUCAGAGGCUGCAGAAGCACGUGAGUGGCCUGGAGGCUGAAGUACAAAGGAAGCAGGACAUGUUGAAAGAGCUGGCAGCUGAGAAGAAUGCGUCCCCACAUUUGGAGCCAGAUCUCCACAUUGACGACCUGAGGAAAUCCCUUGGCACAAAUGAGACCCAAGAGGUGUCCUUGUCUCUCUCCCAGAGCAAGGAGGAUAUCGACCUGUCCAUGGAUAGUGUCGGGCACUUCCUCUCUGCUGAGGGUGUAGCUGUACGGAGUGCAAAGGAGUUCCUGGUGCGCCAGACCCGCUCCAUGCGGAGGCGGCAGACGGCACUGAAGGCCGCCCAGCAACAUUGGCGCCAUGAGCUGGCUAGUGCCCAGGAGAUGGAUGAAGACCUCCCAGGCACCACGGUCCUGGAAAACGUGCGCAAGAACUUGGAUGAGGAGCACAGGCACCUGGAUGAGAUGAAGUCAGCCAUGCGGAAAGGCCAUGACCUGCUGAAGAAGAAAGAAGAGAAGCUGACCCAACUGGAAUCUUCUCUACGGGAAGAGGUCUCUGAGGAGGACACUCUGAAAGGAUCCUCUAUCAAGAAGGUGACCUUUGAUCUCAGUGACAUGGAAGACUUGAGCAGUGAGAGUUCUGAGUCCUGCCCCCUGCCUCAUAUCACCUCGACCCCAAGUUCCGCGGAUCCCAACAAGAUCCAUUACCUGAGCAGUUCCCUUCAGCGGAUCAGCAGUGAGCUGAAUGGUGUGCUGAGUGUGCUGGGCAGCCUCAACUCCCAGCCACCACCACAGGUCCUCAGCAGCCAGCCCCCGCCUCCGCUCCUCACCACCUCCUCGCUUCGGUCCUCCAAGAACGCCCCUGCCCCUGCCUACACCCUCCUGACCAAGCCCUCGCCCUCAUCGUCUGUCACAUCCACGUCCACCCAGUGGGCCUGGGACCCAGGACAGGCCACCAAGCUCUCCUCCUCGUCGAAAACUGUGGAUGAUUUCCUGCUGGAGAAGUGGCGCAAGUAUUUCCCUUCUGGCAUCCCGUUGCUCAGCGGCUGCCCUCCCCCACUGGAGAACAAGCUGGGCUAUGUGUCUGUAAGUGAGCAGCUCCGCCUCCUGCAGCGUCCCCAUUCUCGAGUCCCCAGCAUGGACAGUGUCAGCGUCCAGGGCAUGAUUGAGUCUAACCGGAAGUGGCUGGAACAUUUCAGGAAUGACCCCAAGGUACAGCUCUUCCCCUCGGUGCCCAAACCGACAACCACCUCGAACUUACUGCAGCUGGGCCUAGAUGAGAACAACAGACUGAAUGUGUUUCACUAUUGAGCCCCGUGGGGGGCCAGGGCAGCGACCUUCUCCUCUACACCAAGUGCCUGAGGAGCCCCAGCACUUUAUUUCCCUCUGGUCAGGCAUGUGUGCUCCACCCAGGACUUGGAGGAACCACCGGGUGGGUAGGUGGAAAGCCCAGCAGGACUGUAAGCAACGCUUCGCCCAGGACUGUCCUGAGCAGGAAUAUUUGGACGUCUGCAAGCUUCUCCGUCGAAGUGGCUGCCGAGGACUUCAGGGACGUGGCCACCUUCAAUCAAAGCAACUGCCUUGGGAGGCCUAGGGAGUCUCCUCGGAGGCUGGGUUCCUGGCCUUUGGGGCCCUGCUGAGGGCUCUCAUGGCGGUGGAGAGUGUGGUCCUUUGUUCAGGACAGUCUCCUAGCAUGGCUAUGCCCUGGAACUCGGCAGUGCUGGGCUCGUAGCUGUCUUUCUGAUACCUCAGCCCUGUAAGGGCCGCAUCACUUCCUCUCUUUUUGCCUUUUUUCUUUUUUAAUGUCUGCUUUUGACUAUCUCAGGUUUGGGCUCAGCUGCCUGAGUCCUGCUGGAGUUGUUAGAGGGCCCCCGAUGUCCUGCUCUUCUCCCUCAGCCAGCACCGGGCUUUCCUCAGGGCGAGCAGCCUUCUCUUCCUUAGGAUGCCCUCUGGAGCUCGCCCUUGCUCUCAGGUCUCACACACCCAUCUCUCCAGGAAGCCAAAAAGAAAGCCAUAGGAAAAGACAGGCAAGGCUUCUGCUCCGUCUUGAUACUUCUCUUCCUACAUUCCUCGUGUACCUGUGAGCCCUGUUUCCAUCGGGCCUUCUACCUGGGCCACCCCCACCCCAGUCCAACUAUCAACCCUUCCCAGAGCUCGGUGGAAGGGCUGACUAGUAUCUGGUACUGGCAGGGACUGUCUCGGCCAGUUGGUGCUUCUGGCACAGCCUCUACAGCCGCACGUCCCCCAGCGGGCUCUGCGGGCCAAGUUCUCGGCAUCUGUCUCAUUGUUUCAACAAAAUGCCCUCAUUUUUCUUGUCUUGAGAAGCCGCGGGUUGCCUUUGCCCCUGCAGCCCACAGAAUCCCACUCUCAUGCUCAUCGCUCAUUUCUUUGCCAUGGAGUAAGACACGAAGAACCAGUUGGCUUUUACCCUCUCGAUAUUUUUUAGUCAUCAGCCGACCAGACACAGAAAAGUCCAUUUUGUUAUCUGUUCCACUCCGUGUGCCUUGAGAACAGCUCGUGUGGUAAAACCAACCCUGGUGACAAUCCUGGGUGUUUUUGCAUCUAUUAAAUCUCUGCAAGUCGGUUUUCUAUAAGGCUGUCCUGUGAACGUGUUGGUCUCUUUGGAGGCCUUUGUGUCCUUCCUUCUGAGGGAAAGGGGGAGGGGACAGUGACUGGGUGUCUGAUUUAUUCAUCCAACAGUGUGGAGUUUGGUACAGGCGUGGUCCGCUCCUUUUUAUGGGUGAUAGAAACAAGGCUUGGGCCCUUGGUAAGGUGUAGAGUCCUGCAUGCCAUCCCCCUCCCCCAGAGCACCCUCAGCCCUACAGCUGCCGCCAGUCCUCAAGGAGUACUCGCUCACAUUCACUGUCUACCCCUUUCCUGUUUCCCACUUGCUAGGCUGGAGACCCCCCCGGGGCUCUUUCCCCCAAAGACUGGGAGUUUCUUCUCCUGUGUAAACAAAGCUGUGCCCUGCGCCCUAGCCUUAAGCUGGUGACAUUAAUUGGCCUUUCCCCCUAUUCCCCUGGGUGAACAGUCUGUGUACAUUCUUGGGUUUGUAGCAAGGGAGAGAACCAACCUACACGGCCUUCCUUCAUGCAGCUGUAUAGAAAACCAACUGAAAACCAGGGAACUUAGCCCAGUGGCCUAGCCGCCCCUAGGAAGGAAGGAGGAGAUGGGGGACAUCAUGCUGACAGCUCUUGAAUGCUUCCGUGUGCUGUGGUUUUCUGAUGCUCUUGUUUCUAAUCUUAACCUUAGGAAAUUGAGAGUUUAGAGAUGAGGAAGUUUUAAGUUCAGAGAGGUUAAGUAACUGUAGGUCAAAGUCACAGAGCUAAUAACUAGGAUUUGAACUAGAUCCAACUGCUCCUGAAAGUCAAAUUCUGUUGCCCACAACCGCCCCAGUGUCAACAGCUCCUGUUUCUUCCAGGCUUACAGCACAGUCCCUGGCAGCUUGGUCUGAACACCUGGAAUCCUGCAACUGGUGGGUUCUAGCUGGGGUGGUAAAACCUUCCUGGGCUAGGGUUUAAAAAGGGAAUUUGGGGGACUGGGAAUGUAGUACCGUAUUAUUUACUUGUUUAGCAUGCGUGUGGCCCUGGGAUCAGUCCCCGCCCGGUAUAGCCC